AGCUAGCUAGCGCCAGCGCCGCCAGCUAGUGCAUUAAUAGCUAGUGGGUGGAUCAUUAGUUGGAUCAUCUGCGUUUAUUGCACCGUAGUGUCUAAUGUAUGUGACAAUUGUAAUCACAGGUGAAUUUUUAUUUUAAUAGAAACAUGGUCAUGUUGGAGACUUGUUGGUCACCAUUCAUUUGGACCAACAAUAUCAAAACAGGAUGCAAAGCCAUUGCCUUCUACACAAUUGCCAUUAGUAUAGUAUUUAUCACAUUAAUCUGUUACCAAUUAAAUGGAGGCGAUUCAACUCAGUUGUAUAAUCCACUAUUCGAGGCUGAUGUUAGAGGAUCUAUGCAAGUUGUUGGAGGCUUCCUCAUAUUUUGUCUCAUCCUCCUGAGUGCAUCAGGAGGACUGAUGGUAUAUGGUAUAAAGGAAGGAAUAAGAGGAUGGUUGCUUCCUUGGCUUAUCUUGUGGUUCAUUGUAUGCUUAUUCCAAUUAGUGUUUGGACUGUGGCUUGUAGGGGGCUAUUAUAUUUACCUUGAUGCAACAUUUGCGGCAAUGUGUCUUUGGUUUUGGAUGGCAUACAAUAUAUACUGCUGGUUAGUUGUUUUCUCAAUGUACAAACUAUUCGAAGAUCUGCAGUCUCCAAAUAUAGAGCUUCUUUGGCCUUAAUUAACCAUUAAGAAUAAACUGUAAAGCUGUCGAGUACAUUGAUCGGCACCAAAGUAAAACACAAUAUCUCUAGAA